CACACUCCGCUGCUCCCCGCUGCCGCCCCACCCAUCGUGUUUGCUUUUCUCCCGGAUCCGGAUGAAGGGAUCCUGCCCAUGCCUGUGCCCUGCACACUUCUCGCAGCUGGGGUCUCUCUUCAUGGCCGAGGGCUCCAAGAUUCAGGCCCUGGGGAAAGGGCCCCCACUCAGCAUCCAGCUCUUGCGAGCCCAGUACGAAGGCUUGAGGCAGCAGCAGAGGGCCCAGGCUCACCUCGUGGUGCUCCCAAAAGGAGAGAACAUGCCUACUCCCGCUGAAUCCAUAGUCAGUGCUGUUUGGAUUAACAAGGAGAGAAGGCAUUCACUGUCCCUGGACACGGUGGAUCCUGAGGCAGCGGGGAUGCUGGAGGAGGCUGACGGAGGCUGUCUUCAGGCUCCUGCAUCUCCGUGGCACACACACCUACAGAUGCACUGCUUGGUCCAAACCUUCCACCAGGAAACCAGUCAUCCAGUAAGACACAAGGGCAAGCUCAGGAGCUGUGAGCAAAGGCUCUCUGAGGAAGGAGACCCGGGGUCGUCGGAAAACAAGCAGAUGACUCAGCAAGGGACCCCUCCGAUCCCAGGGGCAGCCCAGCAUGAAUGCCACGUGGGCAAUUCCCAAGCAAUGGCAGUGGGAUCCGGCUUACGCAGUGGCAUGCAGUGCCCUUCUUCCAUAAAGAACCCACACAGGUCUAGAAAACCAGACCACUAUCCAUUUCCCCAGAGGAAAACUCCCAGGAUCUCCCAAGCUGCCCGGAACCUGGGCUUAUAUGGCCCAGCCUGAAACUUUCUACUCAGCCAAAUGUCCCACCCUUGAGGCCGUCUGUGGUCUCAUCAAAGAACCCAGGAGGCAGGGCCACAACUAGGGCCUCUAGCUAGGAGCAGACCUGGACUAACUCAGUGAUAGGGAUUGUGGGAAAUGAUCUUCACAAUGGGCAUGGGGUCUCGUCCUUCAAAAUGGAAGAGAUUGCCCAGGCCAGACUACUCACAGUUCAGGGUGAAAGAGUGCUGUCUGACCAGUGCAGCCCCAUGCUGCUCAUAUGAGACAUUGCUGUGGAGCCUUGGAUGCCCGUUCCUUGGGGAGGUCCAGUAGGACAUCUUCUCCCUCCCCAGAACCAGGGAAUUUUGAAACAUAAGACAGAGGAAUGCCUUAGCAGUGCCCUGGAGUCAAAAUAUGUGGGCAAUCUUGUUUUCAAUAUCUUCUGGUGAUUUCCCACACGUUCUGGAGAAGAUGUGCUCUGAGAAAUGCUCUUUUCUGGCUGCCCUUCCUGGAGGCCAGCUCACGUAGAAGUCACUACAUUCACUAGCAGUGACUACACCAUUUCAGCUUGAGCCUCCUAAGGUCUGGUCAACCUGGGUCAAGAGGGUCAGAAUAAUUCUACCUACCAUUUUGUGUGUUUAAGGGGUCUUUAGGAAGGGUUGGUCAUCUCUUACCUCUCAGAGACUGCAUGUUCCAGUCUCAUCACAGAUUUAUUUCCUCCUGUCCUUCCUCCUUCCCUUCCUCCCUCCCUCUCUCCUUCCUUCCUCCCUCCCUUCCUUCCUUCUUCCCCAUCUUCUUCCCUGCCUAUCUAUUUGUCUGUCUUCUCUCUCUGUUGCUCUCUGUUUCUCUCUCUCUUUCCAAAUUAAGUUGUAACUAAACACUGCCAGUCAUUGAAGAUAUAUGUGGUAAUAGGAGCCAGAGCUGAAGGAGCCAAAGAAAUGCUCCUGCUUAGAAAAUAUGUGUUCCCCACAAACUUCUCUCUUUUCAGAAAAGCCGAAUUUGGAUCAUUCAGAUCCUUCCCGGGAUAUUUUAAACCUAAGACAAAGGGAAGCAGGUGUUUGUUACUUGGGUGUUGGGGAAUAAAGUAUGUCUUUCCUGGUUAAUAUUUAACUUUGGCAAUGAUAUUUAAACACAUCUAAGGUGCCUUUUCCUCACAUCAAUUUUUCUCUCUGUAAAGUUUCAACCAUAUCUCUUUCCCCCCACCGUGAUCCAGCCUUGCUCAUCUGUAUCUAGAGUUGUUAACCAAGCUUGUCAUUACCUGUCAAAAAUAAGCAUGCAUCUGCUCCUUUGCCUACCCAGAAAUUCACUCCAGUUUGGGGAGUUCCUUGUGAUUCCUUUUGUGAAUAAUUAAUAAGAGGUGGUUGUUAAUCUUUUUAUAGCCUAAUGAAAAACAAGAAAAUU